UUCCAGAUGCACCUGUCAAAACUGAUGCAUUCUGUGUGCGUGUCCUUUUCGUUGCGGGUUUCGUCUAAUUUUUUUUGUGCUUAGUGGCUGUGAAAAAGCUGGAUAUUUGCGGCUUUUCUCUGUAAUCGAUAUCAAAAGUGAGAUUUUCGUAUCGAAAAUCAACAUGAAUCGAAAAAUAUUGUCCCUGGCAGUGUUUGCCGGGAUUAUUUUGUGCGCCCAGUCGGCCAUCGACGUGGAAAUCGAAAACAAAAAUGUUGACCGCACGAUCGAUCUCACAUCGCAGUUGGUGAAAAUCAGCUACAAAAUUACUCUGGAGCACAAGGCGAAAAAACCUAUCACCAGCUAUCUGUUCAUGGUUCCCGCGGAAGAACGGGACCGGCUGGCGUACGUCACCGCCAAGGAUUCCUCGAAAAAGGACCUCAAAUUGACCGAAACAGCCUCACCCAAGGGAGUUACGUUUUCGAUGACUUUGCCGGCUGGAGGAGCGAACUCGGCCGUUGUUUACAUUGAUACCGUUUUCACAAAGUCGCUGACCCCGUACCCUACAGCGAUCGGCCAAACUGAACGACAGCUGGUGCAGUACUUCGGAAACGUUUACUUCUACUCUCCAUUCAAAACGGUAACUCAGAAGACUACCGUGCAUCUGAGCUCUCGGAACGUCGAAAGCUACACGCAGUUCAAGCCAGCGGUUCAUUCCGACACCACAAUCACCUAUGGACCCUACGAUAAUGUUGCUGCAUUCUCCACGGAACCACUGACCGUACACUUUGAAAACUACACACCGUUCCUGACCGUCACAAAGCUGGAGCGUGUGAUCGAAGUCUCACACUGGGGCAACAUCGCCGUUGAGGAAACAAUCGACAUCGUGCACUCGGGUGCUGCACUGAAGGGUUCGUUCUCGCGGUAUGAUUACCAGAAGGAUUCUCGCUCGAACCAGGCCUGCGUCAAAUCGUACAAAACCCUACUACCAGCGGCCGCCACCGGAGUUUACUACCGGGAUACCAACGGUAACAUUUCCACAUCGGCCAUGCGUGUGCUGAAGGAUUCAGUGGAAUUAGAUCUGCGUCCUCGCUUCCCUCUGUUCGGAGGAUGGAAAACUCACUACACCCUAGGUUACAAUGUGCCCAGUUUCGAGUACUUAUUCCAGAACGGGGACAAUUUCCUGCUCAAGAUGCGAGUCCUUGAUCACGUUUUCGACGAUAUGGUUGUUGAUGAAGUCACCACUAAAAUCAUUCUUCCGGAAGGAUCCACCAACAUUAAGCUGAUCGCUCCGUACACGAUUACUCGCCAUGCUGAUUCCCUGCACUACACCUAUCUGGACACCUUCGGGCGUCCGGUGAUCUCGUUCAGCAAGACGAAUGUCGUCGAAAAUCACAUCACCGACUUCAACCUGAAGUACAAUUUUAGCCGGGUAAUGAUGCUGCAAGAGCCACUGUUGGUGGUUGGCUUCCUUUACGUAUUGUUUGUGCUGGUCAUCAUUUGGAUGCGAUUAGACUUCUCCAUUAUCAAGGAAAAGGAGCAGCACCUUCACAAGGAUUAAGCAAUCAUGAGGACUAGUUAGUUCAUAUGUGCUAUUCCAUGAAACGAAUAUCCAAUUCGAGUAGAUUUAGAGUUUUUUUUAUAGGAACAUUCGUACCAUUUCCUAAUUUUAUGGUUUAAUUAGGUACAUAAAAUAAAUCUCACAUUAUUGGUACUGAAAUGCAGAUGCACAUGAGGUAGCAGAACACUUAUUUGCUACGAAAUAAAUUUCACCAUUUGUUGAGCAACGACCUUAUAUCUUGUCAGUAGCAGAUAUGCAUUUAAACCACUAACAGCGACUAAUAUUGAUAAUUAAUAGUGAUAAAGUUCAAUUGAAGUCGCUUGGUAAUUCCACUUAGUGGUGGGCACAGAACGCUUCAAAUCUAGUAACAUCAAAGCUACUCAAUAAAGUUUGUGAGUUCAAGUCAA